AUGAAGAAGGAUCUCGGGAUGAAGAAGAGAGCUCUCGAUGCAUUGGAAGGAGAAGGAUUCGGGAUGAAGAAGAGAGCUCUCGAUGCAUUGGAAGGAGAAGGAUUCGGGAUGAAGAAGAGAGCUCUCGAUGCAUUAGAAGGUGAGGGAUUCGGGAUGAAGAAGAGAGCUCUUGAUGCAUUGGAAGGUGAAGGAUUCGGUAUAGACAAGAGAGUUCUCGAUGCAUUAGAAGGUGCGGGACUCAGGAUGAAUCAUCCUCUUAAAUCUUCUGAUUCUAGGACUAAAGGUUUUCAUAUGAAUCGUUUUUCUACAAAUGGAAGGCAUUCUCAUCCUCAUCUAACAAAAUUCUAA